GGAGGCAGAGCGGCCGAGCCGGGCCCGGGGCGGCUUUCCCGGGGAAGUCGCUCACGCGAGGCCGGGGAUCGGCCGGGCCUAUGGAGCCCCCGCCCGCCAAGCGCAAGUGCGGCGCCGCCGGGGAGCAGCCCGAGCCGGGGCCGGCCGCUGUGGAGACGCUGCUGGAUCUGAGCGCCCGGCGGGUGGCCGAGACUUGGGCCUUCGAGCAGGUGGAAGAGCGUUUCUCUCGCGUCCCAGAACCGGUGCAGAAGCGCAUUGUGUUCUGGUCUUUCCCACGGAGUGAGCGGGAGAUAUGUAUGUAUUCAUCCCUUGGCUACCACCCCCCAGAGGGCGAACGAGACUCACGCGUGCCCUUUAACCGUGGCUUGAAUCUGCUGCAGUCAGGUGCUGUCGACCGUGUCCUGCAAGUAGGUUUCCAUCUGAGCGGCAUUGUGACUGAGCCACCAGGCCCCAGUGAACCGGAGCACAGUUACCACGUCUCCAUCAGCUUUGACCGCUGCAAGAUCACGUCGGUGAGCUGUGCCUGCGACAACCGGGACAUCUUCUACUGUGCUCACGUUGUGGCGCUGUCCCUGCACCGCAUCCGCCAUGCCCGCCAAGUGGAGCUCCGCCUGCCCAUCUCUGAAACCUUGUCCCAAAUGAACCGGGACCAGCUGCAGAAAUUCGUGCAGUACCUGAUCAGCGCCCAUCACACGGAAGUGCUGCCCACCGCUCAGAGGCUCGCAGAUGAGAUUCUGCUGCUUGGAUCCGAAAUUAACCGUGUGCAUGGUGCCCCUGACCCCACGGCUGGCGCUGGCAUUGAAGAUGCAAACUGCUGGCACUUGGAUGAGGAGCAGAUCCAAGAACAAGUGAAGCAGCUUCUCUCAAAUGGCGGGUACUACGGGGCAAGCAAGCAGCUGCAGUCCAUGUUCAACAAGGUGCGGGAAAUGCUCCGGAUGCGGGACUCCAACGGGGCGCGAAUGCUGAUCCUGAUGACGGAACAGUUCCUGCAAGACCCACGCCUGGCCCUCUGGCGGCAGCAAGGAGCCGGCAUGACUGACAAGUGCCGGCAGCUCUGGGAUGAACUAGGCGCCUUGUGGGUGUGUGUGGUUCUGAGUCCCCACUGCAAGCUGGAAGAGCGGGCUCUCUGGCUGCAGCUCCUCAAGAAGUGGAACAAGCUGGACAUUUGUCCUUUGGAGGAAGGCAACUAUUCCUGUGACAGCACCGGAACCGGCACCACUUUGCAGCCCAGCCUGAACCGCAGUCCAGCUGGCAUCCGGCAGACGGUUUUUGGCCGGGCCAUCAAGGCAGCAGAGCUGCGCUGGGGCGAUUGCCACCUGCAGAAGAUCUUAAGUAGCGACUGCUAUGGCCUCUCGUUGAAGAGCGGAAGCGACAAGCUGGGCUUCGACCCCCAGGGCCACCCGCUGUGGCUGGGGGACGCCUUCCCCAUGGCCUGUGCUCGCGUAGAUGCCUUGCGGUCCCACGGCUACCCCCGAGAGGCCUUGCGCCUGGCUGUGGCGGUUGUCAAUGCCAUGCGCUUGCAGCGGCGCCACCAGCUGGAGAGCUACAAGCAGCAAAAGAAAGAGCUCUUGCACAAAGGCACAACCACUAUCACCAACCUGGAGGGCUGGGUGGGGCAUCCUCUGGACCCCAUCGGCUGCCUCUGCCGCACCUUUCUGGAGGCCUGCCGGACGGAGGAUGAGGGGCUGGUCCUCUACGCAGACUCAGCAGCAGAGCCAAAGAAGGCCCUGUACCAGCACAUCCCGGUGCCCUCGAGCCCUGGUGAGUCGUACUUCACGCUGGCUCUGGAGGUGGCCCUGCUGGGGCUUGGGCAGCAGCGAUCCAUGCCAGAGGGGCUCUAUGCCCAGGACAAGGUGGUGCGCAGCGAGGAGCACCUCAUUGGCAUCUUGGACGAGAUGGAACUGGACGAGCGGCUGGUCCCCGUGCUCCGCAAGCAGGCAGCCUUGCUUCUAGACGGGGGCCCCUUCAGUGGAUUUGGGGAGGUUGUGUUCCGCGAGAGCGUUCCCAUGCACACGUUUGCCCGCUACCUGUUCACCGCCAUGCUGCCCUAUGACCCUGACCUGGCCUACCGCCUAGCGCUGCGAGCCAUGAGGCUCCCAGUAUUGGAGACAGUGUUGCCCACCAGUGACCUCCUGCACCAGAACCCCCUGGAUUCCAUGAUGGCCAACCGUUUCCCCCGCUGGUUCACCCUUGGCCACCUGGAAACGAGGCAGUGUGAGCUGGCAUCUGCCAUGUUGACAGCUGCUAAAGGCGACCCCAGGUGGCAGCGAAUGGUCUUGGGCUCCAUCCAGCAAAACAUUCACUCUCCGGCCUUGCUGUUCAAGCUAGCCCAGGAUGCCUGCAAGACUGCCACGCCAGCCAACACUCCUCCUGACACCACCUUGCUAAACAUUUCUCUGGAACUUGGCCUGCAGGUGAUGCGAAUGACACUCAAUACUAUGACCUGGCGCCGCAGGGAAAUGGUUCGCUGGUUGGUCAGUUGCGCCACUGAGAUUGGUGUCCAGGCCCUGAUGAACAUCAUGCAGAACUGGUACACGCUCUUCACGCCCAUCGAAGCUACAACCAUCGUGGCUGUGACAGGCACCACGCACGCCACACUGCUGAGGCUGAGCCUGAGCGCAGGACAACGGGACGAGCUGUGCAGCUGUGCCCGGACACUGGCGUUGCAGUGCGCUAUGAAGGACCCCCAGAACUGUGCGCUGCCGGCUCUGACGCUCUGUGAGAAGAACCACGCCGCCUUUGAGGCCGCCUACCAGAUUGUACUGGACUCGGCAGCUUCUGCUGGCAUGGGCCACUCCCACCUCUUCACUGUGGCCCGGUACAUGGAGCACCGCGGGCUGCCCUUGCGCGCCUACAAGCUGGCCACCCUGGCCUUCUCCCACCUCAGCAUCGCCUUCAACCAGGACACCCACCCUGCCCUCAAUGAUGUUCUUUGGGCCUGCUCCCUCAGCCAGUCUCUGGGGAAGAACGAGCUGGCUGCCAUUGUCCCGCUGGUCAUCAAGAGUGUGCAGUGUGCACCCAUGCUCUCUGACAUCUUGCACCGCUGGAGCCUGCCACCCCCAGGCCUUGCCUCGCUGGGCGCAGGGCGCCGUGGAGCAAGCGGCGCAGGGGGGAAGCUGUUCACAGUGGACAAGGCCCCUCUUUGCCAGCUCCUGGAGGCUGCCAUAGCUGCCUAUGUCAGUACGACCCACUCACGCCUCACCCACAUCAGCCCCCGGCACUACGGCGAGUUCAUCGAGUUCCUGGGGAAAGCCCGGGAGACCUUUCUGCUGGCCCAUGAUGGGCACUUGCGCUUUGGCCAGUUUCUUGACAACCUGAAACAGACCUACAAGGGAAAGAAGAAACUGAUGUUGCUCGUGCGGGAACGCUUUGGUUAGGGGGCACUUAAGGGAGGGAACCCUUUGGCUCAGGGGCAUUCCAAGGAGGGAUUCCUUUGGCUGAAGAGGAAGGCAGGCAGAUCAUUCUGCCUUCAGCAGAAGCACUUUGGCUUAGAGGACUGGGAAGAAGAGUGGUUUUCCUUGGGGCACAAGAGGCUGGGCAGCGUCUGGCUCUGCCUGGGUUCAGAAAGCCAUUGGAUGGAAGGUCCUCCCCCCUCCUGAAAAUGGAGGUGCACCAAGAUGGCAGAACUGAGCAGAUGCCUCUGCUUCCAAGUUGGGGGUCAGGCAGGAGCCCAUGGGUGGGGUGGAGGGAUUUCUGUAGCAUCCGGGUUGGUUGAGCACAGGCUCAGUUCAAGAUGGAAGUGCUUCCUCCAGCCCUUUCCGAGUGAGGAGAAGGAACCGGGCCAGCGUUGGUUGCAGGAGAUACCAAUUUCAGUAUUAACUCUCAGGAUGACAAUAGGAAUUCUCUGCUUUGGGUGAAGGUUUCAGACCCUUCCUGGGCCUUGCAAAGAGCAGGGAUCCAGUCCGAUGGAAUUUCACAGCUGCUAUUCCAGUUUAAUGUUUCAGACUUGGUGAAAGUGGGGCGGAUUCAGUCCUCAAAGCAGUCUCUGUCCCACUUUCCCCACGACCUCUCCCAUUAUUUUAUUUUAUUAGUUUUAGUUCUGGAGUCCCAAGAAAAAGGGCAUUCAGAAGGGAGAAACAGGAGCAAGGCAUCCUGCCCUGCCACCUCCUUGCACUGACAGCAUUCAAGUUACGCAGACCCUCCAUGCUGAAGAUCCUCCAUGCCAGGCAGGGGGUGCUUUUCGCUGCUUUGCCUACAGAGGCCUUGCCAGACCAAACAUUCUCCAGCAAUACUGGCACAGCAGAGCAGCCUCCCGCCUAACUCUUGGCAGGGGGGCUGGCAUCAGUCUGUGGGUGGCGGACGGGAUUUAAAUUUAGGGUUUGGCCCAGUUCUAUGAAAGGUCUCAGGUCAGGUGCCCUGAGUCAAUGGCCACCUGUCUCUUUCAUGGAAAGGUGCCUUUGGAAGAGAUCCAAAGAACUUCAGAACCUCAACCAUGGUCAUGGCCUAUUUGUGCUUCUAAAAUGGCUUCAGUCCCUGUUAACGCGCUUGAUGGCGCUAUCUCUGCAAGUAAGCCGGCUUCUCUACUCAACAGCUCUUCGGUUCUAACGGUGUUCAGGAACCUGCCCCCUCUCUGAUCCUCGCCCUUGUGUUUCUCUGCCUCCACCCCUGUCAGUAUUUCAGCUUCCCAUUGGCUGUGCUCAUGGAUCACAGACUGGCUCCAGAUCCUGCCUGCAGGAGGGGGGCAAGGGGCAUUGGGGGGCAGGUUCCUGUUUUGUAGUUCUCCCUUUCCCCCUGAGUUUCCUGUCAAUGCCCCUCAGACUCCUACAACUGAAGGACUCCCAUCUUCUGUCUCCUCUGGUAGAGUGUUCUGGAGCCGCUGACGGAUAGAUGGUUCAUACCUCAAGUGUCCUCCCCUGGGUCAGGUGUGAGGCUCUUCUGAGCCCCCUUGCCUGUGCCGUGUCCUCCAUGGCGUGUCUCCGCAGCAUUCCUUUUGGUGUUGCAAGGGCAUCGGCCGGAUCCCAGGCCCCUUUGUUGCCACCGCUAAGUUAUUGCUGCCCUUGGCAGCUGCCCCAGUUGCUUGUGCAGUCAGGCUGGCCCUGUAUUUGGAGGGGGAGAUCUCAAGUUUCCCCUCAAGGUAGGGGAGGAUUUUGAAGUGGCCACUAGUGGGGUGAUAAAAGACGUGUUUCAAACACCCCACUCCAAAAUCCACUUUUUUUCUGCUGGAUAAAGUCUACUCAGGAACAAACCACAACAAGUUCAUGCUACUAAUUAGAUUAUUGUGAAGACAAGAUAAUGUUUUAAAAGUUAAUAUAUAUAUGAAGAGGCAACGGGUCCAGCGAGGACUCCUGUUUGUGCGCAUGAGGAAGGGGCUGUGUUUGGGGCACAGCCCUUCGUGUUGGUGGAGAUGUUGGUGUGUUGCACAGCUCCACUUCGGAGCCAGCUAGCCAGUUAGUUCUAAAGUUUUGGGGUUAAUUUCCUUGUUUUCCUGUAUUAAAAAAAUUCCUGUAAUUUUGUAAUUUUUUUCUAUUUAUUGAAUCAUUUAUUGUAUUUUUUUUUUGUAAAAAGCUUAACAUAAACCACAACUUUUUUUUG